AUGACAAACUACUUUUGCUCGACGUGUGGGACACUGAUGUACCGCAUCGGCGAAGGGUUUCCGGGCACGAGCAUCCUGCGUCUUGGCACUGUGGAUGACUUUAACUUGAUUGAAUCAAAGCUCAGGCCCAGGAUUGAACAAUUUACCGACGACCGUGUGGCCUGGCUUCACAGUGUCGAGGGCGUGAAGCAGUACAGGGGCAGUGCGUUUGGGAAACAGGACGAUGCGCAGCUAUAA